AUGACUAGGAGCACAUUGGGACUGCCGGUAGUGGAGCUGCUGCCAGGCCAUUAUAUGAAAAUACCUUAUUUCUUUGCAGGUGAUAGUGUAUUUUCUCUUAGUGAAAACCUCAUGAAGCCAUACUCUGGAGACUUUGCCAAAGGAAUCCCUCACAGAAUUUUUAAUUAUCGCUCGAGAACGGCCCGACAGACAGUCGAGAACGCCUUCGGUAUAUCAAGCUCAGUGUUUCAGGUUCUAAGAAAACCAAUACUUCUGUCACUUGAAAAAGCUGAGGUGAUAGUGAUGGCAGUCAUUUUGUUACACAGUUGUCUAAGGACCAAUUCGCCAAAUUUGUACACUCCUGCUGGCAUUGACCACAAAGAGAAUGGAGCUUCAAUUGAAGGGUCAUGUAGUGUCCAGGGAGAAGAUAAUAUGACAUCUUUGUUACCACUGAGACAUGUCCCCUGA